GUGCGGACAGCGCUGCCCGGCGGCAACGCCAGCGCCAACCAGAGCGCCGCCGACCCCACGGUGUCGCGGGACGUGUGGGUGGUGGGCAUGGGCAUCCUGAUGUCCCUGAUCGUGCUGGCCAUCGUCUUCGGCAACGUGCUGGUGAUCACGGCCAUCGCCCGCUUCCAGCGCCUGCAGACCGUCACCAACUACUUCAUCACCUCGCUGGCCUGUGCCGACCUGGUCAUGGGGCUGGCCGUGGUGCCCUUCGGCGCCUGCCACAUCAUCAUGGAGAUGUGGAAGUUUGGGAACUUCUGGUGCGAGUUCUGGACCUCCGUGGACGUGCUGUGCGUCACGGCCAGCAUCGAGACCCUGUGCGUCAUCGCCGUGGACCGGUACUUCGCCAUCACCUCCCCGUUCAAGUACCAGAGCCUGCUGACCAAGGGCAAGGCGCGCGUGGUCAUCCUGGUGGUGUGGGUGGUGUCGGGCCUGACCUCCUUCCUGCCCAUCCAGAUGCACUGGUACCGGGCAGACCACGAGGACGCCAUCCGCUGCUACCAGGACGAGAUGUGCUGCGACUUCUUCACCAACCAAGCCUACGCCAUCGCCUCCUCCAUCAUCUCCUUCUACCUGCCCCUCGUUGUCAUGGUCUUCGUGUACGCCAGGGUCUUCCAGGUGGCCAAGAAGCAGCUGCAGAAGAUAGACAGGAGCGAGGGGAGGUUUCACACCCAGAACAAGGAGCAGGAGCAGAAAGGGGGAGCCGGGCACCGCCGCUCCUCCAAGUUCUUCUUGAAGGAGCACAAGGCCCUCAAAACCCUGGGCAUCAUCAUGGGCACCUUCACGCUGUGCUGGCUGCCCUUCUUCAUCGUCAACAUCGUGCACGUCAUCCAGGACAACAUCAUUCCCAAGUACGUGUACAUCCUCCUGAACUGGCUGGGCUACGUCAACUCUGCCUUCAACCCCCUGAUCUACUGCCGCAGCCCCGACUUCAGGUACGCCUUCCAGGAGCUGCUGUGCCUGCGCAGGUCAGCCCUGAAGAUGUACGCCAACGGCUACUCCAACAGCAACGGCAGGAGCGACUACAACGAGGAGGACAACGGCUACCCCCUGGCCCCGGAUAGAACCUGCGACUUGCUCUGCGAGGAGGGCUCCUUCCCUCGCCCCGAGGACUUUUUGCACGGCAAAGAGAUCCCUGGCUGCCCAGGCAUGGUGGAGAGCUGAACGAGGCAGCCUGUGUUCCUCACCCUGAGCUCGUGAGGGCUCUGCAGAGAUGGAGUGGGAGCACGGCCUCGCUUCCCUGGGCCGGGGCACGCUGUGGGAAGUGACUGCCCUGGCCAAGGUCCUCAGCCCAACCCAUCACCCACCACGCACGCCUCCAGGAGAAGCUGGCCAAGGACAACCAAGGGACCAGGAGAGGCUCUGAGAGCCUUGGAGGACACCAGGAAGCCACAGGAACUGAAGGAGGGCAUGUCCAAAGCGUGACAAAAGGUGCCGAGGGUUUUUUCCCUCGGAAAAGCCUUUCCAAAAGGGAGCAGCAGGGUCUCCAGCUGGUUUGGAAGAGGCACAGCCAGGUCAGGAGCCCAGCAGGACGUGCUGAUGGCAGCCUGUCCACCUGCUGGGUGGGGAUCCAGGGGAAGCAGGAAUCUCCAAGACCAAGAGAGAGGAGCGUGGAAGAUUCCUCCAAUUUAUUCUGUGCUGGUUUCUCCUUCUGGUGUCUUCUCUGUCUACCUCUUCUCCUCUAGAGAGCACGGGGGGCCCUGACUGUCACCAAGGAGCAGAAGGAUUGGCACAGGGCAGGAAUGGGGCCUCUGUUCUCUCCUUGCUCCAAAAAAUCUCCAACUGUCCUGCCUUGGGCAGGCUGGGACCUGGCAAUCCUUUCCUUGCAGGAAGUCACAUUUCAGCAGGACCAGCCUCCCUUGGCAGCCAAGAUUUCCCACCUGAGGCUCAGAGCAUGGCAGGACAUCCUUCCCUCUCCUGCAGCUGUGGGAAGGAGCACACCGAGCUCCUGACUUUGGAUUGUGGAAAACCCACUGAGCAGAGAAAGAGAUGGAGGGACUUGCGGCCUCAGGCAGAAAACAGCAGGAAAAACUGGCUGAAAACCACAAAAAUCGUGCACCUUGGAGUGGCAGGUGCUGGCCCAGCUGCAGCUCUGUGGUCACUGAGCUGCUCCCAGACCUGGGCAGGACGUGCUGGUACUGAACUGUGGGAGCCCCAUCUCAGACCUUCCCUCUCGGGCUUCCAGCUGCAAAACCCUCCCCUCCAGUGCAAUCCUAUUUAUUUAUUUAUUAUCUCGCUGCUUGAAGUGAAGCUGCUAAAGAGCCCCCUCCCCACAAAGAGCCAGCCUGCGUGAGGGCACUGGGCAGAGGGGCAGGACACAGGGACAGCUCCCAGCAGUCACCUCCUGCUGUCCUGGUGGGGCUGGACUUGGUGGUCUUUGAGGUUCUUUCCCACCAAACCCACCCUGCGGUUCUGUAAGAUCUGAAAAGGAUGUCCCAUGCCUGGAGGUGUCCAAGGAUGGGUGGAUGGGGCUCUGAGCACCCUGGGGUGCUGGAAGGUGUCCCUGCCCAUGGCAAGGGGUGGCUUGGGUGAGCUUUAAGUCCUUCCACUCUAGGAUUCAAUGGACAGGGGUUGGGCACACGAGGGAAGAGGAAAAGCUGAGACCAGGAUUGCUGGUCUCAAUGCAAUUUGGAUCUUUCAAGGACUAGAUCAUUUAAUUCCCACCCCAGCUGGGAAUAAAUCUUCAGCUGGGCAGAGCUUUGCUGGGAAGGACAGAGGCUGCAGCCCCUCUAUCCUGACUUGUUUUGUGCAGGGCUGUGAGAGUUGCUCACCUGGGGGGCUCUCAGGUGCCCUGCUGCUCUCCCACAGCUUUCAGGAUACCCUGAAAUCCCUUGGCACAGCUCCCAGCUGCCCUAGAAGAACAUGAUUUGUCCCUUUGCUCUGAAGAACCCUGCCAAGGCUUAGUCCAAAGCUGAAGGGAGAUAUUUCCCACCAAAACCUGUUCCUCAGAAGAUUCCUGCCUGGCUCCAGUCCCUCUUUCUGUACUGGAAACACGGUCCUUGGGGUUGUUGGCAGGUUAGGGACAUCCCUGGGGUUGUGGCAGUUCUCUUUCUCCCCAGUCCCUGAUGUGCCAGAGCAGGUACAGGAGAGGAAGGGAUGAACUUCAACCAUUUUUACAGCCCAAAGGCAGGGACCUGCCUUGCAGAACUGUCCAAAUCCAUCUGCCUGUCCCUUCAGGCUUGCUCCAGGGAUUUCACCCUUGCUGGAUCUAUUUCUGGGCGCCCUGACCCCGGGUUACUGUGCUGUCCCCUGGGAGGUGGCUCCGUGCUCCACAGCAGGAGCUGCUGGGUGUUUCCCACCUGUGUUUGCUCCUGGAAACUCCAUUCCAUUUCCCCUCGUGCUGCUCCUCCAGCCCUGCUGUUCACGUCCUCCUGCCACCUCAGCAGGGCUCCUGUCCCCUUCCGAGACCCUCCCUGGCUCCCUGAUUGCUGCUGUUCCCUGUGCUGAGUGCUCAUUAAUGAGAAUCCAACCCUGGCAGUGGCCCAGCUGCUAGCUGGUCAUUAAUGAGAAUCCAAACCCACCCUGGAUCAGCCUCUGGCAGUGCCCAGCUGCUGUGCCAGGUCAUUACUGAGAAUCCAAACCCUGGCAGUGCCCAGCUGCUGAGCUGGUCAUUAAUGAGAACCCAAACCCUGGCAGUGCCCAGCUGCUGUGCCAGGUCAUUAAUGAGAAUCCAACCCUGGCAGUGCCCAGCUGCUGCUCCCUCCCUCGUUUGGGGUGCAGGGAAGGGGCAAACUGAGCCAAAAUGGACCCGUGUUGGCACUGAGCACUCGUAUCCCAAAAUAUCAGGAAGAAAUCCUUCCCCGUGAAGAGGGUGGGGAGGCCCUGGAAUGGAUUUCCCAGAAAAGCUGUGGCUGCCCCAUCCCUGGAAGUGCCCAAGGCCAGGCCUGGCAGGGCUUGGAGCCACCUG